GGCAUACCAUGAGUUGAGGAUGGUUUUACCAGAUGAGGAAAGAAAUAUCCUUCUGCCAAUCAGUGUUCUGAAACAGGAGAGAAACAUGCAAAAUGGGAUCAUUGCCUUGCAUUCAAUUUCAGAGGCUAAGAAAGGAGAUGGAGUAAGACGUGAUAUAAAGGCAAUUUUGAGUCAGCUGCUGUCCAUCCAAAGUAUAAAGAACACUGUACAAGCUAAUGGCAACGAACUCCGCCUGCACUUUGCUGCUGAUGGAAGACGCACCAGCAAUAAAAUUGGCACUGUCAUGGCUGUGUUCAAUAUUCUCGAUGAACAAGAACAUGACUGUGACCACCAGUACCACAUCGCUCUGUAUAAUGGAAAGGAGGAUUAUUUAGAAGUAAAAACUUGUCUUGGGCCUGUGUUUGCAGAAGUUGAUGACCUUCAACAAAAUGGUAUCGAGGUGGACGGAAUACACUACAAAGUAAUAUGGUACUGCUGCUCAGACUGGAAAUUUCUCGCCAUGGCCUAUGGACUAAAUGCUGCCACUGGAAAAUAUUUUUGCCUAUGGUGCCACAGCACAAAAGCAAAAAUUUGUGAUUUCUCAAUACAAGACUGGCCAAUUGAGAGGAAUCUUCAACAAUGUAUGAAGAACAGUACAGAAAAAACCACUGAUGGAAGGAAAGGCUCAAUUCAUGAGCCAUUAAUCUCAAUUCCAUUCACACAAGUUAUUGUCGACACUCUUCAUCUUUUUCUUAGGAUCAUGGGGCUUCUCUUCCACCAAGAUGUGACUCCAUACAUACAUGCUCUAGUCUAUCAUGUCCCUCAGUUCCUCGAGAAAUGCGGAGGGCUUUCUAUUUUCAAUUGUCAGCCAGUUGAAAAGAAAAACCACCAACAAUCAAGAAUGUUCCACCA